UUCUGUCCUGUGCGUUUCACCUUACUUCCGGUCUUUGCGUUCCACACACAGGAAGUGAGUUUUCAUCGGGCAGCGCCAAGUCAGUGUCCAUAAAGAUCAGAAAUGUCUACAAAGCAGCGCCCCCAUGCAACCCCUUCCCCCCAUUCCGCCGAGGAAUCAUUGGGUAGUGGUCGGGUGUGGCAACCCACCCAAGAGGGAGAGAAACAGUGUGAGCCGAGGACACCAGCAGCAUCGGCUCAUCCAAAGAAGCUCCAUAAAAACACUGCUCCAACACAGCAAUCAAUACAACAAGAGGAGCAUUCAGAGAUUGAUGAGAAUGCCUCAGAUGACCAAGAUGAGGAUGGAAAGAAAACUAGCCAAGGACCAAGGUUCUCUGAUCAUGAAAAUCUUGCCUUAGUUGAAGGUGUAGAAAAAUUUUAUGAUCGACUUUAUGGUAGACUUGCUCAAACCACUGCUUCAAGGGAUAAACUCAGGUUUUGGCAGGAAAUUUCCAACAGAGUUACUGCAGUAUCUGCCAUCCGCCGUGAUCCGAAACACUGCAAGAAAAUAUAUAGUGACUGCCUUAGGCAAACCAAGAAAAAAAUGGCAUUGUUGCAAUGCCAUGAACAAGCAACAGGAGGAGGUCCUAAAGUGGUUAGCAGAUGGUUUCAUUGGGAGGAGAUUAUACGUGCCCGAUUAAAUCCCAUCAUGGUGGGGGGCAUCCCCGGCAGAGUGGACUCUCACAGCAGAAGACAAAAUACAGAGGAGGAUGCACCCACACGGCCAGUUGUACGUCAAGAAAGGCCAACAACCGGACCACCGAAACCUGCCAAGCAUUUGGGCAUCUCGGGUUCCAAAAGGCCUCGUGCUGAGGAAAUAGACCAACCUGUCGGAGGAAGUACAACCAAUGAUGUUAGCGCUGGAAUGUUUGAGGCCCUGGAUCAACCUGGAGGGGCAUCAUGUAUUGGACCUUAUUUCCAUCCCGAUUUGUUACAGCAGAACAACGAUGAGGACGAAGAGCCAGGUAUAACAACAAGACCUUCCGCCAUUGCUUCUCAGGUUCAGGUGGUGGCGGAUACUCCACAAGACAAAUCUCCGAGAAGAAUGAGGCAAAUCAGGGAUUCGGCUUCACAAAUGGAGGAAUGGCAGACUGGGUUCCACGAUGUGGUGGACAAUCAACUUAACAGGAUGAAGAGAAUCCAGGAAAAACUGUUGAGCAGUCUUGAGCAAGAUAAGAGAAAUAGGCAGCAGGAUCAAGGGAGCAUCAUGGAAACUUUACGCAUGAUGACCACUUUGGUGGACAGGCUUGUGAUCAAUUCAACUUCUGAGGUAGAGAGGAUGCGGAUUAUGUGUGACAGCCAAAGUCAAGCUGCAGCCAAUCUACACCUCAUUGCAACAUCGUUACAGCGUAUUAAUGAAAGGUUGGAUCUACCAGAGGGAAGACGAAUUAGUUCUGAGAUCCAGCAACCAUCCCCAGCACAGGCACCAUAUCUCUAUGCACCGUCUGGACCUUGGUGUGGCCCCCCUUCCCAACACUACCAGAGUUUUCCCGACCCCUGUCAUAUGUAUCAGCACCCACCUCCAUCUACGUCAGCACCUACUCCAGGCACAGGAACAGCGCCACCUAGUGCACCAACUCCACAAGAGAGUGUUGAUUGGGUAACGGACCAGGAUUUCCAAAGCAUAAUACAAGAAUGAAAGUUUGAAGAACUCAUCAUUUAAAAACAUGAUUUCCUUGGACUCUGGUUAUUCCCUUGGUUUCUGGUUAUUCCCUCGGACUCUGGUUAUUCCCUCGGACUCUGGUUAUUCCCUCAGACUCUGGUUAUUCCCUCAGACUGAUUAUUCCCUCUGACUCUGGUUAUUCCUUUAUACUCUGGUUAUUCCCUUGGACUCUGGUUAUUCCCCUGGACUCUGGUUAUUCCCUUAUACUCUGGUUAUUCCCUUGGACUCUGGUUAUUCCCUUGGACUCUGGUUAUUCCCUUGGACUCUGGUUAUUCCCUUAUACUCUGGUUAUUCCCUUGGACUCUGGUUAUUCCCUUGGACUCUGGUUAUUCCCUUGGACUCUGGUUAUUCCCUUGUACUCUAGUUAUUCCCUUGAUUUCUGCUUAUUCCCUUGGGCUCUGGUUAUUCCUUUGGACUCUGGUUAUUUCUUUGGACUCUGGUUAUUCCCUUGGACUCUGGUUAUUCCCUUGGACUCUGGUUAUUCCUUUGGACUCUGGUUAUUCCUUUGGACUCUGGUUAUUCCUUUGGACUCUGGUUAUUCCCAUGUACUCUAGUUAUUCCCUUGGUUUCUGAUUACUCUCUUGGACUCUGGUUAGUCCCAUGUACUCUAGUUAUUCCCUUAGAUUCUGGUUAUUCCCUUGUACUCUGGUUAUUCACUCAGACUCUGGUUAUUCCUUUGGACUCUGGUUAUUACCUUGGACUCUGGUUAGUCCCUUGGACUCUGGUUAGUCCCUUGGACUCUGGUUAUUCCCUUGGACUCUGGUUAUUCUCUUGGACUCUGGUUAGUCUCAUGUACUCUAGUUAUUCCCUUGGUUUCUGGUUAUUCCCUUGAACUCUGAUUAUUCCUUUGGACUCUGGUUAUUCCUUUGGACUCUGGUUAUUCCCUUGGACUCUGGUUAUUCCCUUGGACUCUGGUUAUUACCUUGGACUCUGGUUAUUCCCUUGGACUCUGGUUAUUCCCUUGGACUCUGGUUAUUCCCUUGGACUCUGGUUAUUCCCUUAUACUCUGGUUAUUCCCUUUGGACUCUGGUUAUUCCCUUGGACUCUGGUUAUUCCCUUGGACUCUGGUUAUUCUCUUGGACUCUGGUUAUUCCCUUGGACUCUGGUUAUUCCCUUGGACUCUGGUUAUUCCCUUAUACUCUGGUUAUUCCCUUGGACUCUGGUUAUUCCCUUGGUCUCUGGUUAUUCCCUUGGACUCUGGUUAUUCCCUUAUACUCCGGUUAUUCCCUUGGACUCUGGUUAUUCCCUUGGACUCUGGUUAUUCCCUUGGACUCUGGUUAUUACCUUGGACUCUGGUUAUUACCUUGGAUUCUGGUUAUUCCCUUGGACUCUGGUUAUUACCUUGGACUCUGGUUAUUCUCUUGGACUCUGGUUAGUCUCAUGUACUCUAGUUAUUCCCUUGGUUUCUGGUUAUUCCCUUGAACUCUGGUUAUUCCCUUGAACUCUGGUUAUUACCUCGGACUCUGGUUAGUCUCAUGUACUCUAGUUAUACCCUUGGUUUCUGGUUAUUACCUUGGUUUCUGGUUAUUCCCUUGGACUCUGGUUAAAAGCUCCAUACAUUGAAGAUAAAGCUAUUUUACCAAGGGAUCAUUAAUAAAAGUGGCCACACAGAAGAAAAAUGUUCCAAAAAGAAACUUCAAUCAAAACAAGAUUCAACUUUUUUUUUUUUAGUAACAAAAACCCAUUUAAAUAAAUUAGGCCAAAGAGCAACUCAUAUUUAAAGCUAACAUGUUGAAGUUAAUCAAUAUAUAUGUCAUUUGAAUACAGUAAAUUUUUGAACAGUUAAA